AUGGACUUAACUUACAUUAGGCUCUCCUCAAUAUCAGUGAAGGCUCUCAUCAAUAUCAGCGAAGGUUAUCAGCGUUCAUUCAAUAAUAAUAUCAGAGACGCAUCAAGACAGGUCCUAGACAGUGUGAGAAGCAGCAUUCGAGAUGGAGGAACCCGUGAGACUUCAACGAAGAAGCUCGUUAACGAGGAUGACGAUCGGAGGAACACAUUGGAGGAAAGUGAUAAGAAAUCGAAAAGGAAACCGGGUCUACCCGAAGCACCAACCAACAUGCUUGAUGAUAGCAAGAGAGGUAUGCCAAAGAAAGGGCUUACAUUUGAUCUAGCUGGAAGUGCAGAUAUACUUGUCAUUGCUUUUUCAUUUGUGUUCAUAAGUACUGUGAUGUUUGCUACUACUUUUGUUGUGUGGAAACUAGGCGCCAUUGACUUCAAUGAAAACUAA